GCUAUCACCAUGAAAGUUCGUUACGCUAUCACCGCUUUUCCCCGUUCGUUUGCUUUUAUACUUGAGAUGGUCGUUGCAAGAAAUAUUAAACGGCGGAUGUUAAAUUUAUACCUUAUAGAGACGACAUAGCGAUUAUUUACAUUCAUUCAAAAAAAUUAUUAAAUCAAACACGUUAAUUACUGUGAAAAUGAUUGAAAACGACGUUUAAAUGACCUUUCCCCUGUCUAUAUCCGUAUUCAACAUAUUUCCCAUACGUCGCAUAUUAUAAAAGCAAUCGUGCUAAAACGUAAGAUUGUGAGAAGCUUAUUAUUAAUAUUAUAAAGAUGCAAAUAAUUUAAUAAUCGUACGUGUUCAUUUUUUCUUAUAUAAUAAUAAUAAUAAUAAUAAUAAUAAUAAUAUUGUAGUAAUGAAAUAUAGCUUUAUCAAUUAUAUAAUCAAGAAACAACAUUGGAAAAGUAUUGCAAACAUGUGGAUGCGAAUAGUCAAAGUUAUCGAUCGAUACACGAGAGAAUAAUGGAUAGAGAAAAAAAGAAUAUCCGCGCUGGCGCGACAUGCCCUCUGCUGUAUGUACUAUAUUCAUCACGUAUUAUGCAGGCGAUAUCCAAUGAUCCCAUAUCGAAUUGCAGUCUCGUGCACGAGACUGAAUAUUCGUUUUUAUCAAACAAAAAGAAAGACAAUAGACAGCUGUCACGUACGUACCACCCGAUCGAUCAUCUUGGAACAACGGCGGCAGGUACGAUCGCGUUGACACACUUCCAAAGAACUUGUUGCAACGAUAAAUACAAUGAUGCAUUGUAUGACAGAUUGAACAUAGAGGGCUCCUUUUUCGUUGUACAGCAAUGUUUAGAAAUGAUGAUAAUAAAUAAUGGUUGAUUGCAUAUUUAUUAAUAAACGUCGUUAUAAUUCAAAACCUGUGUGAUAAAUAUAUAUGUAUAUUAUUUAUAUAAAAUAUAUUAUACUUUAUACGAAUACAAAGACACAUUACUUUAAGCUCAACGUACACAUCAUCUUCUCUGUUCUGUACAUCUAGCUGUACGUUCUUUUUACAUUUCAUCAGAUUGAAAUAAACAUACGAUACGAACAUUUACACGGAUUAUCUAUUGUGUAUUUGGUUUCGAAGAAAAUAAAACUUGACGAAAUGUAAAAAAGUACAACUAAAAAAA